AUGAAAUUAGAGCUGAAAAAGACGAUUUGUGCACUUUCACAAGUCGAUUUUACAAAACCUGAAAGAGCAGAGGAGAAAAUAACAGAAGCUGUCAAUUCUAGUGAAGCAAAUUUAGAAAUGAUUAAGGAUAUCAACAGUAAUGCACAAAUGCUUCUCCAAAUUUUCUCAACAUCAUUGCAAAUCAGUAAUAUGGAACUAGGAAAACUAAAUUUGAAUUAUACUCCAUUCAACGUUGUGGAAAUGGUGGACUCUCUCGUUUCAGUAUUUUCAACAAUAGCUAAGGAAAAAGGACUGAUACUACAAUCCUUCUUUGAUUUUGAAAAUGUUCCAGUAAUUGUAAAAGGUGAUCAUAUUCGGCUCUCACAGGUAUUAGUCAACUUUGUAUCCAACUCUGUGAAAUACACCAAAAAGGGUAAAGUUUAUUUGGAUGUGAGCAUGAUAAAAAGUACAGACAAGGAUUUCCCAUUCAAUGAUCAAGCUAUUGAAAUUGAUUUGGGAAAGGAAAUUAUUUCUGGCAAUCAAUUAGAAUAUAUCAAGAUUGUUUGUCAAGAUACUGGAAUAGGUAUUCCAAAAGAAGAGCUUGGAAAGUUGUGUAAACCUUCCCAUACUAUACAUCAUACUGAAGGAUCUGGACUCAAUAAUGUAGAAUAUGAAAAAGUCUAUAGACACUUAAUGGGUGGACAAAAUUCAUUCAAUGAUAGACAUGGAAUAGGUCUCAGUUUAUCUUUAAAUUUCAUUCAUCUCAUGAAGGGAAAAUUGAAUAUCGAGAGUGAGCUCGAUAAAGGAACCACCUUGACUCUCUACAUUCCAGUAAUCAAAUGCUCUCCAGAUGAAUGUUCCAAGGUACACAACACUAUAUUUUCGAAAAUUUCAUGCCUCAAACAAUUGGGAUCUUCUGCAAUAUCUAGGAUAGUUAUUCUAGAAGAUGAUCCUGAAUAUUUAUCAAUUCUAACAAAACUGUGCAAUCAAAUUCUCAAACCACCAACCAUUUCACACAUUGAAAAACACAAUGUUGUUGAAUCUCUAACUGAUAUCACUGCUAACACACUAAUUCUCUACAAUCACAAAGAUUACAAAGAUGUAAUUGAAAGAUUUUCUGGAAAACUCAUUUCUAACAAGAUAAUUCCAAUAUUUAGACGAGGAGAAAAAAUUCCAACCAAAGCAAAACCAAUUGUAUUGCCAUCUAGAGUGGAAAGUAUCAUUAAGACUAUUUAUCACUGUCUAUCUAACACUACCAAGAAGCUUCUCUCACCCAGCUCUGCAACAAGCACCAUGGAUAUUGAUAAGGCAUUCGCUCUUCCACACAAUAAUAGGAUUCUUGUAGUGGAUGAUAAUGCAAUCAACAGAAAACUCCUGAAGAAAGCACUAAACAUGCUUGGAUAUUCGGCAGAUAUGGCAUCGGAUGGCUCUGAAGCGUUAGAUCUCAUCAAGAAACAACCAAACAGUUAUGAUAUCAUUUUCAUGGAUUUGUUAAUGCCGAAUAUGGGAGGAAAAGAUAGUUGUAAGUUUAUGAGGGAAUGGGGAUGCAGAUCUCAGAUCAUUGCUGUCACAGCAAAUAUUUGGGCGAGUUCCCAAUCUUUGACUCAAAACGGAUUUAGCUCGGUAUUAAGGAAACCAUUCACCAUUGAUGAUAUCAAACAAGUACUGAAACAUGAGUAA